UGUUAUGGGUCCAGGAAGCUCCUCAAAUGUUAUGAAUUCAAAGCCAAAAAUUGACCCAUUAUGUUCUGAGCUUUAUCCCGGGCCUAUACCGAAUAUUAUAUGAUUUAUAAAUUAUUAUUUUUUUAAUAUUUAUGUAUAGAAGUCAUAAUGACAACUGCAUUUUAUUUUAAAGUGCAUGUCGGCUUAAGCUUUCUAUAAAUACCAAUUUCAUGCUAAUUUGCAUGAUAUUUGUAUGCAAAUUAGGUGAUUUUUUUAUGAGUGGUGUUUUUUUUCAUGAAAAUUUGUUAUUUGGCUCGAAAAAGUUGAAUGAAAUUGACUCUUCGGGCAUAACAUGAUGUGGCAUGAACAUUUAUUCACUUAUUUAGUAGUUAUGUGGUGUAAUUUGAGCAUAUUUUGAACAUUUUUGAUCAACAAAACCGUAAAUGACUCAGUGUGUAAACAAGUGGGUAAGCCUAGGUUCCAUUUACUGUACAAACAUAUGUUAGGCUAACGAGCCUAACGUUAGAAUGCUUUGAACAGACUAGCGUAUCGGUUUUUUAUUUUAUUUUCGAUUUAACUUCAUAAUCAUUAAUAAUAUUAUAAGAAAUUGUUUUUUUACUUGGCUGGACAGUAUGGUACCCAAACAAGUAACAACUAAAUUAUUUACCGUAUCUUCUGGCUGAUCUUGAACCAUGCCAUGGGGGAAAUUUCGGGUUGCUGAAAAACGUUGGUAUUUUUGAUAAUAAUUAGGCCAUGGAGUAAUAACACUGGCUGAGGUGGCGCUAUUUUUUUAUUAUAUAUCAGCUGCAUUGGCUGAGCUAUUUGAGAGUUCAUUCAACUUUUAAUAACUCUUGAAUAUUUGCAUUAGGACGGCUUGUGUUGAAUUACACGUAUAUAAAAACGCAAAAAGUGCUGCAUUGCCGGCCAGGUAAGGAGGCCCCGAUUUCACAUUAACGCCAUUGCUAUUUAAUAAUAUGAAUCUUAAUUUUUAUUAUCAGAUUGAAUCGCGGGGGCCCCGGGCAACUGCUCAUGCGAUAAGACGGCCCUGCUACUACAGAUUCUUAGUUUCAUCAUUAUUAGAAAUGAGUCCAGGAAACAGAAUAAAGGAGGUUUUUAUUGUAUCUGUGGCAAGAACACCCAUUGGAUCUUUCAGAGGAUCAUUAGCAACAGUAUCAUCUACAAAAUUAGGAACUAUUGUUAUUGAUGGAACAAUAGAGAGAGCAGGUAUUCCUAAAGAAGUUGUACAAGAGGUAUACAUGGGUUGUGUUUAUCAAGCUGGUCUAGGACAAAAUCCAGCUAAACAGGCUGCACUAGGAGCAGGCCUCUCAGUAACAACACCUUGUUCAACAAUUAACAAACUGUGCUCUUCAGGUAUGAAGGCUGUUGCAUUAGCAGCUCAGAAUCUCAUGUUAGGUCAACAGGAUAUUAUGGUGGCAGGAGGAAUGGAAAGCAUGUCGAAUGUACCUUACUAUCUUCCACGUGGAGAGACACCUUUUGGAACUAUUUCUUUGAUUGAUGGAUGUCAGUAUGAUGGGCUAACAGAUGCUUACAGUUCUUUGUUAAUGGGUUCAUGUGCAGAUAAGACAGCAGCAAAGUACAGUAUUGGUAGAAAAGAACAAGAUAUUUUUGCAGCAGACAGCUAUCAAAGAUCUGCUACUGCAGCUGAGGAAGGGAUUUUUGAAAGAGAAAUAGUACCUGUUACAAUUCCUGGAAAGAAAGGCAAAUCAGAUACAAUUAUAAAAAAGGAUGAAGAAUAUUCAAAGGUCAUCUAUGAAAAACUCCCAAAACUUCCCCCAGCAUUUGAAAAAAAUGGAACGGUUACAGCUGCCAAUGCUAGCAGCUUAAGUGAUGGUGCUGCUGCAUGUGUUUUAAUGACAAGAGAAGCUGUAGAAAGAUUUAAACUUAAACCUCUGGCAAAAAUCGUUGGUUUUGCUGACAGUUCUGUUGAUCCACUGUACUUUCCUGUAGCCCCAAGUGAAGCUAUGAGUAAGGUACUGAUGCAGUCUGGCCUCAAGAAAGAAGAUAUUGCAGUGUGGGAGAUCAAUGAAGCUUUUAGUGUUGUUCCCUUGAUCAAUAUCCAACUUCUAGAUCUUGAUACUAGUAAAGUCAAUCCUAAUGGUGGAGCUGUCAGUCUGGGACAUCCUUUAGGGAUGUCUGGUGCUCGGUUAAUUAAUGCUCUGGCUAUGAACCUAAAGCCUGGUGAAUAUGGUAUGGCAUCCACAUGCAAUGGUGGAGGUGGUGCCAGUGCAAUGAUGGUGCAGAAACUCUGAAAUCAAAGUUGUUUUAAUAGUUAUAUUUCAUGCUACCAGACUUUGCUUUUAUAUAAAGGAGAUAAUGUUUUUUUAUUUUUUUAAAAAAAUUUGUUUUCAAGGUAAAUUAAUGGUAUGAAUAGUUGAACCUAAAUAAUGCAUAACCAUAAAGAUAUAUACUAAUACAGUAUUCUUGCUUUUGUUUCUGUACUAACAAUGUAUAUUUUACAGUCUGUUGCUGAUCAGUAUUAUUAUAACAGUCUAAAUUGAAUUUCCAACAAUGAGAAUUAGCAAGAAUAAAACAAAACUAUGAAUUUGAAUAAGAAAAUAUAUAUGGAUUAAAAUUCAAAAUAUUUGUAGUUUUUUUAUGUCAAUUAAACAUUUGGCUAAUAAUCA